CUUCACAUGAGGGAGUCGAUGCAUCUUGCCUUCUUCUCUUUUUCAUGCAGCAAGAGUGCCUGGUAGCCGCUCGUGUGCACCAUCUCUCAUAUUCGCAGUCCCCCGCAGCCACCACUCCUGCUUCAUACACUCAACACGCUCCUUUCGUGUCGUUCCUUUGUACACCAUUGCGUUGCAAGCAUUGUCCUUUCGCCCUGGAUUGCCUGCACCACUUACGCUCCUUACCAACGCGUUGCAAUGGCGCCCAACAUACCGCUUCUAUGCAGCAUCUGUCCCAAGAAACCGACCUUCAGCGAUGUCUCCCAUCUACUCACACAUAUCGCCAGCAAAGGCCAUUUGUCCAAUUACUACAAGGUCAAGGUCCGCUCGACGUCUGAAGAGAUCUCUCGCCGCAUCAUCGACACCUACGAUCGAUGGUACGCCGACUGGAAUGUCGAAGAGCUCAUGUCAGACCGGAUGAACCAGAAGGACAAGCGUCGCUCGCGUGCCAGACCCUCUGGUACUGUCCUUCCUGUCUCCUGAUCCGUGUCUGCGGGCCUUCACUAACCUUUCAUCCCUCUGCAGCCCGUGCUACUCCUGCUCCAAGGAUCGAGGCUCCUGUCCCGCGUCCAGCUCGUCAUGCCGUCGUCGGCGGUUUUCUCGAUCCACGUCUCGCGGAACAGCAGCUCAUCAAGGUAGAACCAGACUCGGGCACGCCUACGCCUGCGCCACACGCCGGACCAGUCCUGCGUCACAGACCAUUCGGGUCUCACCUCCACUAUUUCCCUUCCGAGUCUCGUGCCAGCUCCCGCAGCUUCACGAACCCCGACUACGAGACCUCAAGUGAAUACUCCGACCCUGGCGAGCGAGCAAGGAGGCAAUACCAAUACACCGCAGAAGACACAUGUGCUAUCGAGGAUGAUGGACCUGACCCUGCUGAGGAUACCAUGGCUGUCAGUGAGAGCACCAAGCUGAAGGGCGUAUACUGGCCCGGAAUGGACAUCUUCGACUCUGCUACCCCAGAAAUGAGGCGCAAGAGGAACCAGAAAAAAGAUCACUCGGUCGUCGAGCAACUCCAGAUCAACUCACAAGAUGUGGAGGCUACUGAGCUCAUCUUCACGCCUCGAGGGUCGUUCAAGAGACAACGGAGGAUCUCGAGCUCCGUCUUCGACGACGAGGAAGAGAUCGAGAUAAAAACGGAGAGCCCCCGACCAGUCUUCUCGCGACCUGCUCUUGCUACCAUGGAUCCUAACAUCUCUCGUCGAUCUAGACAAGGCAUGCGCGCAUCUCUGUUCCCAUUCCAGUCUCGUACCCAGUAUGACGACAGACGUGCCCGCUCUGGCCUUAAUUUUGGCGUUGGCGAUCGUGCCCCCAAGCGCAAACGAGCCUUCAACGUCUUCGAGGAUGAUGAGAUUUCUUUUGACCAACCUGCCAGCUUCAACUACCUCACCUCAGGCUUUGGCCACCCAGCGUCACCCUCGCCAGUCCCCGGCUAUGGUACGUACAAGCCACUCAACGACCCCUUCCAGCAGUAUGAAAACAAGGAAAACAUGUUCCCGCCACUCCACCAGCCAACGUUCGGUAACCUGCACGGCCAUCAAGUGCCAGCUUACCAUUACCAUGCUUAUGCCUACGGUCUUGGCCAAGACCAGCAAGGCCAUCAGCAAGCAGGUCACUACUUGAGCGCCAAUAAUGCUUAUCCGCAACAGCCUCAGGAUGACGAUGAUGAUGACCAGCGCACGAUCACAGCUCCGCCAUCCCCCAUUACAAGCUGAACGCGCGCUAUCGCUGUCAGUCUAUCACUACUCAGAACCCAGCUCUGGCAUGAUCUUGGCCUUCUAGCUGUGGUCCUGCAGCACAAUAUCCAACUGCUU